AUGUGGAAUACCGAGGAUAUCCAAUUGCUGCGUGGGGGACUUGCUCAGUCGAUCUAUCGUCGAUUUUUUCAGUGUACUGCCUGGCUGCUCUAUGGCAUUGCACGUGGAUGUCACUUCUUCAAGCUGCACUACAAUGCAGAAUAUAACCAAAUGGAGGAGAUGCAGUAUCAUCAUAUUACCACGAAAUUGGUUGUGACAGUGAAAUUUGUGUUUGUGCUGCUUGAUAUACAGAGUUUUAUAGUGCUCGGAAUCGUCGUGUGGUUCCAUAUUUUUAGAGUCGAGGACAGCGGUGGACAGAACUAUUUGAUUGGGUUACUCGUCCAAGGCCUAAUCAUAUCUGACCUGUGCCGCAUAUUGAUAUUUUUGCAUUCAAACGAUGAUCGAAUGUUGCUCAAGCACGUGAUCAACGAGAUCUUUUACAUCACACGAAUCAUCAAAAACAAGUUUGGCAUCAUAUAUCACUGUGAACUGGGCCUACUGUGCGUGUACUUUUGCAAGCUAUACUUGGCGUACAUAAUGCUGGAUGGCAUGUGGUAUCAUUUUACUUUUUUUUGGAUCAACUUUAUCUAUUGGGUGCUCUUCGAGUACUGUAUUCUUGGCUACUUUAUCUACCAGUUAACUCUGCUCAACUGGUAUCGCAAUUUUAGCUACUUCCUGCAACGCUUCGUGGAGUACAACAGCAAUCAAAGUUUCAUAUCUGCUCGCUACCAUCGCCGUCUGUUGUGGCUCUUCAAGCUGCACUUACGCAUUAAUAAUCUGCAUAAGUUCGUCCAGGAAAGAGCCGCCUGGUUGCCUGCAGCGAUCUACUUGACAAUAUUUACGAGUAUUUUCAAUAUGACUUUGCUGCUUGAGUGCGUUAUUUACGCUGCGGAUGAAAUCGACGACAAAAUCUAUAUUAUUGCGUAUGGUUGUCUUGGUCCGGUUUUCAUACCCAUUCUGAACGUGUUUAUUCUUGGCAUCUGCACAGACCGCAUACGCAGCGAAGAGUUGACUAUGCAGCAGCAAAUUGUACUCGUAAAUGUUCUGUAUGUCCGCAAGGCCUUUCCACAUGAUGCAGCCCUGAAGGUGCUGAGCAAUGAGCACACGUCUCUGAUUGUCCAUCAGAAACUGGAGCCAUUGCUUAAUGUGAUCAUUUUGCAUACGAUCUGCGAUCGGGAAUUCGCCUUUGACUACGUCUUGACCGUGAUUGUAACUGCUCUCUCCUUUGUACAGUACACAGUUUCAACACAUCGAGUCUACGAUGUGUGCAUGACGCACAAGUAG